AUGUAUCGUCGGAGGACGCCCAAUACCGGCAACCACGGAAUCACGAGCGAAUCCUCUUGUGCCUCUCCCAUCGAUACCGACAAUGAUAGACCGUUCGAGCCUGAUUCCUCUGAGACUGAUCUCACCGAGCCGGAGCGCUCCCUUCAAGCGGGUCGAACGAUUGCUCGGAAGAAGCCAAGCCCAAAGACUGGAACAAAAUCGUUAUCAACAGACCUGUCGAAUGUGGAACGUGUCCACCAGGCCCGAUACCAAGUGCCCGAUGAUGACACGGAUGAGGACCUGGCCCAAGUGCCGGAGGAUUACGGUCGAUCCAACAAAACAAAGAAGUUGAAACUUCGACUGAAAGAGCGUUGGGCUUGGUACUGCCAAAUGAAAGCAAUAGAACCAUCCACUAAUCACAAGUGGGGGUUUGCGGAGGAUGCACUGCGUGAGGCAUCACCAAAUGACAUGCAUCGAUUUCUCAAUUGGUGUCUGAAGCUGGAGUACAGUCCCGAUGGUCGCCGCCAGAAAGGCUAUACAAAGGCCAGUGCCCUUGAAGCGGAUUGGAAGUACUUCCGAAUUUACUACCAGCGAGUUACCAAAACUGAGAUGAGUAAAGAGAUGGGAGAGGCCGUUCGCACGGGCAUGAGAUACUUGGUGGAUAAGCGCGGUCUGGACAAACAACCGCGCGCAAAUGUUCCAGUAUAUAUCGAAGAUAUGAUUCCAUUCAAUGAGACAAUCCUUCAAACACGGGAGAAGCGAUUCCACUUGGGGUUUCAGCGCAUUAUCCUAUGUCUAUACAACACUGUUGGGUUAUUUACCAUCAACCGAAAACAGGCAAUGCUUGACCUUCAGUUCAAGCAUCUACAAAUAUCGCUCCAGCAGGAUCCGCACGGAGGACCUCCCAAGCCGAUGAUCGAACUCGAGCCCCAGUUUGUGAAAAGCGUCCUGGGCAUGUCGAAGCUCAACACGUUCGCGCUACCUGAAAUUGUCUACGGCGUAUCGCUUGUCUUCAGCCCGCAUGUCCUACUCUUCAUUAUAUUAUUUUAUGUCCACACCUUCGAAGCGCCUCACUUAACAUCGAUGGAAGACCUUCGGAGACUGCUUGUCGAGGGUGGCCGACAGGAAAUGCUACUUCCCUUGAAGAAAAAGAUGGAUAAUCACUAUGUCUUCCCGAAGGUUGAAGUGAUCUGUGGCCAGCCCCGCAUUUUGUGGGAGACGCCUAUGAAUGGUAGCACACUCGACGCACAACUCAGGACAUCCAGUGAAAUACAUGGCUUCCUUAAUCAUUUCUUCUCUCACCAAUUUCGAUACGGAGGAGGUGAUUUACUUGACAAGAGUGGUUUUGUCAGCGAAGCACAGCGUAAUGUGAUCAUGGCCCACGCCACUAGCAGAACGUUUAUCAAACAUUAUCGUCCCCGUCGGCAUACUGGCUUACAAGAGAUCAUGUGCGGCCUCAAUCCAGACGAAGAGUUCUCAAAGGCUGUGACCCGGAUGAGCCGUUGGAUUGAUCGGCGGCGACCACGAUACCUGAGCGACACUGACCGGGAAUCAGUGGAGAAAGACCCAGAACUGCAAUCAGCCAUACGCUGGCAAGUCGAUUUAGAGACCCAGUGCGCUGGUCGCUCUCAAAACCCAGCAUUGCGAGCGAUGCUGGAGGACCAGAAGCGACAAGCCCACAAUUUGCGCCGGCGUCUGCAAGAAAAACGGCGGAAAGAAACACGCCGCGAUUUCAGUCGGAAACAGGCGGUGAUUGACAUUGAAAGACAGCUGACUGGUGGGGCUGUCAGUGAUGAGCCUGCGCGCGAGGUAUUACGGAAGGAGUUUGAAAUGCCAUCGGAGCAGAUUCUUCUCGUGGAGACGUUCUUUACUUGGCCUACCACCGAUUCAUUAGAAGACGAGUGGACGCGGCGUAACAAAGCUGUUGCGGCUGGAAUACAAUAUUGCAGCUUUCAGGAAGGUGGGCCCCUUAGGGGACGACGGAAGCGCUCUGCCCCGUCCGACAAUGAGGAUAUCGUUCCCUCUCCGCCAGCUCGAAAGAUAAAAGCUGAUACGCAGCUGAAUACGUCGUGGGAGAAGGGAUGUACCUCUGGCGGGAAACAUAUCCCGAAUGCAGAGCAAACAUUCGCAUGCUUCCAAUGCCCCAAGACAUACUCCGACUAUAAUGGAGUGAAAAGGCAUUUCAGGACAUCACAUCUGACGGACCUAAAAUGUAAUUUUUGCAAUUUGUCCGUCCUGCACGAGAUGCACUUGCGGCGGCAUGCUUCUGAUGCUCAUGGUCUUCGAACAUGA